AUGCCCUCAGCCGAAACGCUGCAGAACCAUCACCAGAAUGGAAAAGAACCGGCGGCCCCCUGCCGAACAUGUAUGGAUUUCAAAUCGUGGUCCAAACAGCAACGUAAAACCCUCAGCACCAGCAGUUCCAACAGCGUAACAAAGACGUCCUCCGACGGCGCAAUGACGCAACACAGAGUGGACACACCUGAUGACCGUAGCGGAGGAUCGCCACCGAACUGCCCGUUAGAUAAGGAGCAGCUCGGUCGUUAUACCUGGGGUUUACUGCAUACAAUGGCUGCUUACUACCCUACCAAACCAAGCGAGGCGGACGAAAAGAACGUGAGGACGUUUUUCUCGACCUUUUCGAAGCUGUACCCGUGCGAGAAUUGUGCGAAAGACUUCCAGCAAGAGUUAAAAGAAACUCCUCCGGAGACAAAAUCCCAACACGCCCUUUCACAAUGGCUAUGUCGGAUACACAAUCGUGUGAAUUUAAAACUAGGUAAACCCGAGUUCGAUUGCUCAAAGGUGAACGAACGAUGGCGGGAUGGUUGGCUAGAUGGAUCCUGUGAUUAAAUGGCUAUCGUGGUAAUUUCCGAUGCGUGUAUAAUUAAAUUACCCUUUAGUGUUAGUUGGUGCUUUUUUUAUUGUACGGUAACGUAACGAAUACGUAUAACAUUGUAUUUUGCUGAUCUUAUUCUAUUGAACCAA